AGUACAAUCUAUCGAGUUUAAAAUUUUAUUGAACAUUUAUUUUGAAAACAUUUAGACAAUAUUCUAAUAAGUACCCAAGCCUUCUAAUAAUACAUCCCAAAAGUAGCUAUUUAAAUAGAUAUAACAUUUAUCUUGGUAUUUGCUCAUAUUUUACGCUUGUGCAUACUCCAGCAAUGACUUCCAACAUAGAGAUGAGUUUGGAUGAUAUAAUACAGAAAAAGAAGAGAGAGACCUUCAGGUAUAAGGGCAAGAUAAAAAAACAACCUCCCCACCAGCAAAUACCAGUUCAAAAACGUAAAAUGGUUGAUGCUCGUAAUAAAAUCAUAUCCAGAAAAAGAACACAAAUAACAGAUGCCAGAGAGAAAUUAGCAGAACUGGCAAGACAAAAAGAUGCUCGUUUAAAAUUGCAACAGUUGAGAGAAAAAAGACUUGCAAUGACUAAAGUUAAGGAUAGAAAAAGUUAUCAAAGUCGAGAUUUUUUUGUGAAAACUAGGAAUGAAAGAGUUUUUAUUGAUCCAUCAAGACAAGUGACAUCACAACCUCUAACAAGUGUGAAACACAGACGCCAAGCACAAAGCAAUAAUAACAGAAGAUUUAUUAACAAUACAACUUUUGGAUCUCAUUCAAUAGUUAAUACAGCAGCAUUAAAACCUAUAGUAAGAACGGUAGAAAAUGAUAUUGAAAUCAUAGAUGAAGAAAUGCCAUUGUCAAAGCAGAAGAAUAACUUGCAUUUCAAGAUAAUUGCUCAUAACUAUGAUCAUAAUAGGAGCACUCCUUUUCAGAGAACAACCAUUGUUGAAAAAGAACCAAGUCCGCCUAGGCCACCAUCUAUUCUUAAAAAACGCCCAAUGGCUGCUUUGCGAACUGAGAAGAAAGAGGAUAAAACAGAGAAGCCUAAUCUGGAAUACAGAAUAAUAGUCAGUAACUUGCGCAACACUGUUACAGGUGGAGAUAUUGAGGAAUUGUUUGGUGAUGUGGGGGGUAUGUUAGAAUCUCGUCUUGUUCGGCCCGGCACAGCUGAAGUGAUUUACAAUAGCUUGGAAGAUGCCCAAAAAGCGGUUGAUUUGUAUCAUAAUCGCCAACUGGACGGACAACCAAUGAAUUGCCUGCUGGUAACACCAAGAUCAACAACAUCUGCUACAUCAAGGACCAGUACUAAGCCAGCAUUACACAGCACAAAUUCAAAUGUGGAGCCUGAUUUGUUAACUUUCCACAAAGUUAUGUUCAGCAAUUUUACUUAGUUUAGUAAUAUGAUCAUAAAAUUGAACAAACAAGUUUGAGGAUGUUAUGAUCAU